CCAUGGCUGCUAGUAUGAAAAGGAAAUAUGAAAAAUAUUGGGGCAGUGCAGAGAACAUCAAUCCCAUGUUGUUUUUGGCUGUUGUGCUUGAUCCAAGAUACAAGUUGAAGUAUUUGAAGUAUUGUUUUGAGACGAUUUAUGAUGCUGAAACUGUUGCCAAGAUUGUUGUCAAGGUGGAACAAAUCCUUCAACGACUGUACAAUUCUUAUAAUGUUGAGGGUGAGAGCGAUGGUGACAAGGUAAGUAAAAGUGACUCACCACCAAAGGGUGGUGUCAAAGAAACUAUUAGGAGGAGAUUAUUGGAAAAUUAUUUGCAACAACAAUAGAUGUUUGUGACUGAGAAAAUGAAUGAUGUUGAUAAGUACUUGGCUGAAGA